GGCGAGUGUCAGCUGACUUCACGGGAGAGAUUUGUAAACGACGCUAUCAAGCGCUGACAUGUUCCCUAUCAGUGAUCGAUUUGUCGAUCAAUUACAGUGUUUAUGAGUGCAAGUUCAUCACGUGUUUGAAUUAUUUUGUUCUCAGAAAUAUUUCCUAUCGCCUUACAGCCUCGACUUGUUUCUGACACCAUGCUAGCCACAGUGACUGCUGUGGUUAGGUUUGCUCAGUACAAUGGCAGUAUUUCACCCACACCGCUGGAUAACACAACAGCAUUUACAACAUUGAAACCUGAAGAAAACCUCACCAAGCCUCACACAUGUCUGCGAAUUCUCUAUGAGGACGUCAGUGGUUCCAGGGUGCGGUUCUGGGACAUUUUACUGCUGGUGCCCAAUGUGGCCUUCUUCGUAUUCCUCAUGUGGAAGUUGCCCUCUGCCAGGGCAAAGAUACGACUGACCUCUAGCCCCAUAUUUGUCACCUUUUACCUGUUGGUGUUUGUUGUGGCAGCAGUAGGAAUCACCCGGGCCAUUGUGUCCAUGACUGUCAGUGCGUCCAGUGCUGCAACUAUUAUAGACAAAGUGCUGUGGGAAAUCACACGUUUCUUCUUGUUGGCCAUCGAGCUCAGCGUCAUUAUCUUGGGACUGGCGUUUGGUCACCUUGAGAGCAAGUCCAGUAUAAAACGUGUGCUGGCAAUCACUGCUGUCCUCGCUCUGGCUUACUCCAUCACACAGGGAACGUUAGAGAUCCUUUAUCCCGACAGGCACCUCUCUGCUGAGGACUUCAACAUCUACGGCCAUGGAGGACGGCACUUCUGGUUGGCCAGUUCCUGCUUCUUUUUCUUGGUUUACUCUUUGAUUGUAUUUUUACCUAAAACGCCAUUGAGAGAACGGAUAUCUCUUCCAUCUAAGAGGAGUUUCUAUGUUUAUGCUGGCAUCCUGGCUUUACUAAACCUGGUCCAGGGUCUGGGUAGUGCUCUGCUCUGUGCUGAGAUCAUAGAGGGCCUCUGCUGUGUUGAUGUCACCACCUUCCUGUAUUUCUCCACAUUUGCUCCACUUAUUUAUAUCACAUUCCUCAAAGGCUUCUUUGGCUCAGAGCCCAAGAUCCUGUUCUCCUACAAGUCCCAGAUAGAUGAGCCGGAAGAAACUGACGUCCACUUGCCCCCCACUGUUGCUACAACUCUCGGGCGCAAGGAGCAGACCGACCAGAGCCUGUUCUACUCCUCCACCCAGAUCGACGGCUCUGGUCCAAGCAGCUCUCGUAUGGUGGGGCAUUACCUGGAUGAUGUUGCCUCUGGACCUUUUGGGUCCAGCAGCGUGAACAGCAUUGAAGCCGAGCGCUGGAGACCCAUUAACGUGUGAUGGCAAAACGAAAACACACAUCCUCCUUAUCUUAAGAUGUUAUGAACACUGCAUGUGCUAUGCAGAACGAUGAUCCGUGGCAGUGGAACAAAACAUAUGCAAUAUGCAUCUGAACACUAGAGGGUGGACUUUGGCUGAUCAGCUAUGUUGAGGACUUUAAUUUUAACAACUGCUUUUAAAACACUGAUCCCAGGGCGCACUGCUGCUACAGCUCCAACAAUCACAGUACUGACGUAAGGUGUGGCGCCAACAGACUCUUUGUUGAUUGUCUUUCCCAAGCUUUUCAAUGUGGGCUUCUGCUUACUUGUGCAUUCCAACAUAAAAUGCUCAGUUUUCUAGCCUUGGGUGUUUCUGUUGUACUUCAAAUUUGCAUCUUCAUAACAACAGACUGACAUUUCUACAUUCCCACUAAAGCCUUACAUACUCUGAACUGACUGUAUCUCCUGUCCUGUGUUGGGAUCGUGACUCGGCCGUCACCGUGCUGCCGUACAGAACAGAGAAUGUUCUAGUUCAUUGUGACACGUGUGCUUUGUCUUCUGGUUCACGUGCUCUUUUAUCUCAUCAACAAAGCGAACCGUGUGUAUGUGUGUUAUCAUCUUCACUAAAACAUCAUUAGGUAAUUGGUAAACUGUGAAUGCAGACGUUGCAUUAAUGUAGACCACAACUCAAAUGUUAGGCUUUGAACAGCAGUAAUUGUAUCUCGGGCUUAGGUCGGACUAAACUAAUCCUCUAAUUUGUUGCUGAAACUCUUGCACGCCUUCGAUCAUUCCUUCCACUGAAAGCACAUCAGUCAUUUUUGCUCUUGAGGUAGCACUGUGUGUGGCAUUCAAACUGAUGUGCAAAAAUAACUUUAUUUCUUCAGGCCAAGACUCUUCAUGCUGAUGUAAUUCAUUUUCCUGUGCUAUGGAAAAUGCUGACGGCACAAGUUGCUUUUAUGUUGCUGCUAUCCUGUAUUAAGAGUGGUGUAACUGUUAAGACAAGGGGGGUAACAAUAGACCAAAAAAUGCUGAAAUUGUUUGUAUCAUGUUGUGAUAUGUACCAUAUACAGCUCCACUAAAAAUAUAUAUUUUGUUUUCCUUAGAAAAAAUGCUCUUUGUAAUUCUAAGACAUGGUUUAUUGUGCAACAAAUGUCAUGUAUGUGUCUCAACGUACCUGAAGUCAUUAUAUCAUAAUAGUUUAUGUUAGUCUUUUAAAACCACCUUAUUUGAAUUGCCACACUUACUACCAUGUACAAAAACAGUAUGUACUAUACAGUGUAUUGGGGUUUAAAAACAAACAGUAUUUAGUGGUAAGGUGUAAUCAGAAAUUACGGGGAUAUGGUUUUGUUUUCAUUGCUGCAUUGUGGGGAAGUAACAUUUUUCAGAAGACACAGUGGCCAAUUCUACUUUUGUUUUGUUUUCUUGCUGUGAAAAUCGCUUUGUUCCAGAUUAAUCAAAUUAUUUGAAUAUAUGACAAUUGCACCUCGGUAAGAUGUCAGUGCUCUCUCUGGACGUAGAAGCUGUUUGCAGGUGAAAUGAUUUUAUUUAUCUGGAUUGAUUGUAGAAUAUUCAGUUCGUAUCUGAAGUGCAGCUAGCAUUGCACGGGCCACAUAAUAAAAUAGUAAUUUUGUCCUUC